AUGGCGGAAGUCACCCUCCCUAACUCUCUUCGAGAGAAAAUGCUCAGAGAUGAGGUGGCAUACACGCUUUCAGUCAAGCUUGUACGCAGUGUCGAGUUGCCAAUGAUGGCAAAGACUGCUGGGUUCGAUGGUAUCUUGAUCGAUAUGGAGCAUUCAUCUUUCGACCUAGACACCACAAGCCAAAUAUGCAUUGCUGCACUUUAUGCAGGUAUUGCGCCCAUCGUCCGUGUGCCCUCCAAAGAUUCAUGGUUCAUCGCGAGAGUGCUCGACGGUGGCGCACUUGGCGUCAUUGUGCCUCACAUACGGUCCGUCCAAGAUGCCAAAGAUGUCGUCGCUGCCGCCAAGUUCCAGCCACAGGGUCACCGAUCUUCUGUAAACAACUUGCCCCACUUCCAAUAUCGUCAUAUUGCGGCGAAGAAGACAAAUCCUGUGGUCAACACCAACACAUUAGUCAUUCCCAUGGUGGAGACCCUAGAAGCCGUCGAGUGUGUAGAAGAGCUUGCAGCUGUUGAUGGCGUUGACUCACUACUUAUCGGUACCAACGACAUGACAGCUGAGAUGGGCAUUCCAGGCGAAUAUGACAACCCAAGAUUGACUGAAGUGUACGAAAAGACGAUCAGUGCAUGCAAGAAGCAUGGAAAGUAUGUCGGAAUUGGAGGAUUACAUUCAAGGCUGGAUCUUGUAGAGAAAUUUUGCGCAAUGGGAGCCAGGUGGGUCAUGGCAGCCACAGAUGGUCCACUGCUACUUGGAGGUGCUACAAAGAGAGCAGGAGAGAUGGCACAACUGAGCCAAAGGGUUAAGGCCUCGAGCUCGGCCGCCGACGUCAAGACUGCCAAGAGUAAUGGCGCAAGCAACGGUGUUCCAGAGAAGCUAAACGGUAAUGCUGUUCAAAUAGCAGAGGUUCCGACAGAUGGCCAUUAG